AUGGAUCAUUCAAGCGAGCUCGAGGAUCUCCAAAACGAGAAUGAGAGCCUCCGAAGAGACUUGGCAGAGGUGGAAAACCAGAGGGAUCGAUUCAUGGCAGAGAUGAUGAGACACCGCGAGAAAGCAGCCCGACUCGAGUCGGAGAAUGAGAGGCUCCAAGUCACUAGUUUCAAUUUGGAACGGUCACUGAGGGCAGCUCGACAAGAGAGUGCCAGGCUGGCUCGCGCAACCACUACUUCUGAUGGAAGAAAAGCACUAUCAACGAGCACCACAGCUACAGCGGAUUCGAGUAAGGACCAUGCCUCUGCCUCGAUCGUGACACAGCUGCCAGCGCCUGGACAUCCUAAAAUCAAGCAAGAGGAAGUCAUCGACCUGACGCUUGAUGAUGUUCCAGACCAGCAGACACGUGGGGUACGAAGAAACCCCCAAACACAUAGCGAAGGCGUCGGGCAGCAUGCUAUCUCAUGCACUUCUUCAACUGGUCCUAGCGCUGCCCGUCAAAGCCACGUACCCGCUGCAUCAUCAGUAUCGACACUGUCCGUUCAGUGGCAUUCUUCGCCGGUGUCCGCACUGGCCAAGUCUACUGAGGAGACGAGUAACCCCCUGAAACUACAGAUGAACAUACCAGCUCAGCCGACGAGGCUCCCCGAUGCUGUCCCGCCUGCUCCUCCACCUGCUGUGAAGAGUACAGCGAAUUUGGUAUUGGAUAGUCAACCGGCUGCAGCACGAGCCAAGGUGGAAGAUGCCAUGUCGGAGGUAGUGGUGGACAGUAUUGUCGCCCGUCCUCCAGCGUUGGACUUUACAGCGAGCGAUUCUGUCCAGGCAUCCAAUGGACUGCCCUCCUCACGAUCUAGUGGGGCGGAAUCCCCGACGCUAGCGAAAAUUAAACGACCUAGGACUCCUGAGAAUUGUACGGAAGUGCCGGAAGACCGACCCAUAGUCUCUAAACGACCGAGAGGUGAUAUAGAUGCCGCAGUUUCACGCAGUGGCCCCGCUCAUGCGUCUUCGCUAUCGUGGCAGGCGGUCGUGGGUCAAAGUACCGGAAAAUACUCCAGUCUUGCCGCAGCAAAUGAAGCUCUCAGGACCGGCGCACAGGUAGUCCAUGUGCUAACACUGGAAUGCACGUCUUUCGACGAAGUAUUACAGGCCUUGUUCACGAACCCGGACGCAUACGACAGUCUCCAUUCGGAUACCGAUGAUGGAUCAGAAUACGAGCCCUAA